AUGCCGGGGAUCGACUGCCCUUUUUUCUCGCCGACCGAGCAGAUAACCCCUACUGUUGCCUUCGUCUUUCAUCCCUGUGUCUGGUUUGACUGUUUUACCCUCUUCGUUGAAGAUGAAGAGGAAUCAAGAAAGGUGGUGUUUAGGAGCUUGAAGCUUGAAGAUCUUUACAUUCUCAAUACUUCUGGACCAUUGAUUAUGGAGCGGAAAAUGGACCAUUUGGUUGGAUUUUUGGUUGAUUUCAACAUCAAAUUGGUUUUGGUGCUUAUCGUGAUUGUGGAUUAG